AUGCUUAUGAUAUAAAUAGUUUAUCUUUUCUAUCUAGCAUUGAGCCAAGAGGAUGGUACACCUAAACAGUAUUUGACUCUGGGGGAUUCAGUUCAAGGAUUUGUUUCGCCAAGAACACAGAAUCAUCAGGUUUAUUUAUUCAAUGUUCCUGAAAUAAAAAAUCAAACAGAUCUUGUACUUCAGCUGAAGACUUUGAAUCCUAAUUCCGAUCCUAACUUAUACAUUUCGAAGAAAGUGAAAGAACCAUUGUCGGUUGAGGAUGCUGACGUACAAGCAUGCGAAGCCUAAGGAAUGGAUAUCUGUGUGAUAAGCAACGAAAAGAUUUAGGAAAAUGACGUCUUAUACAUUUCUGUAGUGUCUCGUUUUCCCAGCAGAUACAUAUUAAGAAUAGAAUUAGAUUAGGAAUAAAUGCUCAAGGUAGAUAGUUUCCUAACUUUUAAAUUGACAAACGAAAAAUAAUCGUAAAUCAUAGAUUUUAUGCUGUCUGAAUUCAAUACAGAACAAACAGAGAUUGAGAUUAAUGUUCAAGUGGUGAAUUAGGAAUAUCUAGAAGAACCAUUUUAAGUUUUCAUGAAUAAAUGGGAGAAUGGGGUUCCAACCAAUAGUAUGUAUGAUUACAAAGCUACUGAUACUUGGGGGAAUUAAAAAGUCAUUGAAUUUAAUUAACAAAAGCCAUUUGAGUAGUAUAAAAUCCUAAUUCAAGGAGAAUAAGGAGCAGUGUUUAGAGUGAUGGCAUCUAAGAGUCAAAAAUUGAAAUUUUUUAACUUCUAUGAAACAAUUGUGUAAGUAGUUGAAUAGGGAGAGUUUGAUUUCUAUCAAGUAGAACCUUAAUUGAACUGUGAUAUAGGAGUUCGAUUGACUCCAUUUAAAGGUUAUGCCAAAUUGUAUGUUCACUAUAAUAAAUAGCCACCUCUAUUAGAGAGUUAUGAAUGGUAAGAGAAAAAUAAGGAUGGCGAGGUUAUACUCAUCACUUAAGAGGAGUUGAAGAAUAAAAACAUCACACUCAAAAAUUUGUACUUGGCUGUGAUGGGUGAGGAGUUAUGUACAUAUGAGUUAUAACUAACAUGUAUAUACGAGAGAACUAUUUUGCCUGGCAUUAAUCAUUAGAAGUUUGUGUCAGAAUCAUAAGUCACCAUUGUGAAUAUAUUAGAUUAUAGAAAUGAAGGUCAUUAUAUUUAACUUAAUUUACAUACUUUCGAGGGAAUCAUAAAUUUUCUAACUACUAAUUGUGCUGAUGAGUCCAUCUGUCCAUACACUGAAGAAUUAUUCUUGAACUAAGAUAAAUAUGAAUUGAUGACUCAAUAUACUAUGUUAUUUACUAAUAGAAGGAAGGAAGCAUAGUUUAUUUUAAAUUGUGAUGGCAUGUGUGCAUUUUUUGUGGUAGCUGUGCUUGAUAAGAGUAGUACAUCCCCUGGUAAGUUUACAAUCCAAUACAAAAUAAUUGAAAAGACGAUGAGUUUACUUUAAAAUACCCCUCAUAAAUCAUAAGUGGAGAAAGACAAUUAUUAAUACUAUAAAUUCUUUGUAUCUGAAAACGAGUAAAUGCAGAGAUUGCACUUUUUAGUCACUCCAAUAUAAGGAGAUGUGACUAUGUAUGUAUCGACUACUUAUCAAUAACCUAAUGAGUGGAAUCACGAAUACAAAUCCUAAAAUAAUUCAAUUAACUUUGGAGGUAGAUUUGCUAAUUAGCCUUAACCAGGAACCUAUUACCUAUCAAUUUAUGGCCAAUCAUUCUCAAAGUUUAUAAUAACAGUUUGGGCAAUCAAAAAUUUCUAAGACUUUUAGUAAUUUGGAAAAUUCCCAUGGCAUUAUAUUUAAUUAUAUUAAGGAGAUUAACAACAACAUUCGUUAGUUGAUGAAGAUUUUGUGUUGUAUAAAAUAGAUAUGAAAGGGUAUGAUAUGAAUAGGAGGGAUUCAUUGAAUGUGAUAUUGCAAAAGGAGUAUGGAUAGUUUAGGAUGUUUGGAUUUAAUCGACCUGAAACAAAUGAAUCUAUAGCUAUAUGGCAGAGUGGGUAAAUCAUUAGCAUUCCGUUUGAUGAUAAGAAUUAUCCAGAGAUUCUAUAUUUGAAAAUAAGAUUGGACCAUACAGGUGGCAAUUAUGGUAGUUUUAGAAUUGCUUAUUACUAUUACAAAUAUAUGAUUGAAAUAUUUUAGGAUGAACCUUUUUUUAAUUUCUUAUCUGCUGGUUAUUCAUAAGGUUUCGGAUAUUUGUAAGCCAAUACUGAAGCUUUUGUGAUUACAAAAAGAACUUACGAAUUCGAUCAAUCCUCCUUAGAUAUCAGUAUCCAACCUUUGCAUGGUCUUGAUAUAAGAUAUUCUAAAAAUAAUAGCACCAUAAUUGUUCAACAAAAUAAAGACCAUUAUUGUUAAAUUCUCUCAGCAACAUGUAGCGAAUACUUUUAUUUCUCUUUGACAAGCAAAUUCGAUGCCUUUUAUACAAUAUUAAUCUCAAAAAUUGAUAAAUCUAAAAUUCAACUUGUAGAGGAUUAACCAAUUACAAAGGCAUUACCAAUAGGAGAGGAUUACUUCUAUUUUUAUUCUUUAGGAUAAGAGGCUAAUAUUUUAGCCUUCACUUAUUAUGGAGAAAUAAAGUUAUAUGCUAAGGUAGUUGCAACUCUUGAUUCACCAGAACCUACUGAAAGUUUACAUGAUAAGGUUUCAUAAAAACAUAAAUCUUAUUCUUAAGUUUCAAUUUACUUCUCUUAAAACGACUUAAAUAAACUCGAUUGUAAUGGCAAAUGUAUUAUCAAAAUAACAGUUAUUGUAAAUAGGGAUGGCGAUUAGGAUUUCAAUAUCAAUGUACUUGAUUACACAAUUCAAUAUAAUUCAAAACUCAUAAUGUUAAGGGAAUCAGAAAUCCAAUCUGGAGAGCUUGUACAAAAUGAAUAUAAAUACUAUAAAAUUCAUGUUCCAAGAAACGAUACAAAUUUGAUGAUCAUGCUCAAACCAGAUAUCUUUUGUGAUGCUGACCUAUUAGUUUCAAAAUCUAAAUUCCCUGAUCUUGGGAACUAUGAUUGGGGAUCCUUUGAUCUACAGAGUGAUGUCCUUGUAAUCGAGCCUGGCAAUACUGUCAAUCCUGAUCUAACUGGAGACUAUUAUGUUGGAGUUCAUGGUUACGAAAAAUGCUAAUAUGGAAUUCAGUAUCAUCUACAAAAUGUGGAAAUUUAUGAAAUCUUCUUAAAUCAACCAUUUAAAUUUUUUGUUAAUUCCGAAUUCACAAUUUUCUUAAAAUUGUAAACCUAUGGGUUAGAAACACCAUUUACGAUCUUUGUGUAGUCUCACUCUGAAACAGCUUAUUUCUACGUACAUGAGACAGACCUAGAAUCAGCAAAAUUCAGUUCUUUUAGUCAAAACCCGGCUUAAUUUAAAUACAAUAAUUUUGGAAUGGGUUAUUAAAAAAGUUUUAUGACUGAACCCUUAUAACCGAAUAACAUUUUAAUAAUUGCACUUAAGACUUAUACGUCUGAAAUUGUUAGAGUGUAGGUUAAUAAUAAUGAUACUGAAAUAUUUUUAGAAUCUCAAAGUCUAUUCUAAUAUUUCCUUGAAAAAGGCAAAGAAGUUACAAUUAUUUUAAAUCCAAAAAGUAUGUCUACAUCAAUUUAAAUUUACAUGUAUAGUGGCUCAUUAGUUUGUUCUUAUUAUUUUGAAAAAUUCUAUGAGGUUCAAAAUUUUACUACUUUAAUUUUACUAGAUAUUCGACCAGACAAUUACAAGAAUAUAUUUAAUAUCUCUAAUUAAGAGAAUUCAUACUUGAAGCUUAAUUUUGAAGCCAUAUCGAGCGCUUACUUUAGUAUUUUGUAUUUUACAGAUGUUGAGGAGAUGAAUAAAAUUUAUUCAAUUUAUCCUGUUUUCUUUUCACUCAAAGCCUAGAGCGAAAAAGAGAUGUAUUACAUGAAUUAUGAAUUUUCUCCAUUAUUAGAUCAAGGAAAAACAUUUUCAAUAUCAGUCUAAAUUUAGGACCUUCAUGAUUAUUUACAAAAAAGUCCAAAGCAUAGAUCUAUACCAUUAAUUAAAGUCUAUAGCAAUUCCUCACAACUUCAAAUACUGCCCAUAAAAUAGACAAUAUUAUCCAAUUUGAUCCAAAAUGAAUACUUCUAAAUUGAUAAUGUAUAUAGGAUUGUGUUGUAAAGUUAAUCACAAUAGGAGCAAAACUAUUAAGUUUAAGUUGGAACUUCAGAUCUCAGACCUCUAGUCCCAAGGAUUAAAUAACUUAGACAAAAUGAAUUGUAUCAAAGUUCAUAUUGGGCUGUGUAAUAGAAUUUUAUGUAUCUCUUUUAUGAGAUGUAAUUUUGUAAUGGAAUCUUUUCUGUUUUUACGGGUAAAGACUACGAGUAACUAAAGCAAGGCCAAUAUGAUUAGAGAAUAGACAUAAGGUAAAAUAAGUAAGUAUUUGGAUUCUUCGAUUAAAUAUAGAACUUAGAUAUUACAUAUUUGAAGUUCGAUCUCAUUAAGACUCUUAAUAGUUAAAUAACUAAUGCCCAAUAUACAAUAAGGGUCUAUUAUGUAGAUGAAAAAGAGGAAAUCCCUUAUAAUGACUUCUACCCAGGACUUUAGGGAUAUUUAACACCUCAGCUUUUAUAGAAUCCUGAUGAUACUGUAACUCUAUAUAUUGAAUUUGCCCCUAUUCAAAUCACUAAUUAAGAUCUUAAAGAUCCAUAUUUCGAGUUGAAAUAGAUUGAAUAUUUUGUCAUAUUACAAGAAAAAAGUGAGGGCGAUGAUUUAUCUCUUGAUUUUUGUUCUGAUCCAUCCAAUUAUAAUAGUAUAGUUCGAAACUAAACGACUAAUGAGACAACACUUUUUGCUUCUGUGACAUUGCAUGAUGUGAAAUUCCCAUAAUAGAGAAGAACCUUAGUGUUUACUAUUUUAGCGACUGUGGAUGUUUAAUUGUAUAAAGAUGAACAAUUGAUUUAAUUAGACUAUUAUUAUGAAACCAAUUCAAUUAGAUGGAAUCCUAAAUAGCAAGUAAUUUAGGAGACAGUAUCAAUUAACUAUUAAUGGGUGGGAGUUUCCAUCGUCAUUAUCAUUUUGAUUAUUGCUCUAAUUGUAUUUGUCAAGAAGAGGAAAGCAUAGAACAUGUAAAAAUUAAUGUUAUAAAUAAGCGAAAAAUAUGAGAAUAAGGUGAUUAGCAAUUACUCGACUGAGGGAAUAGAACUGCAUUAUCGUGGACUGAAUGAAUGA